AUGGGCAGUUGGCGCAAGCUUUGCCUUUUCCUACUGCUGGGUGCCUUGGGCUCUGCCUGGGCAGAAGUGGUGGACACCGAGGAUGCCACCUGCCAACUCGAGAUCCUGAAGCAUCCAGGCAAAGGUAAAGCGCUAGCAAAGGCCAAGCACAACAAGGGUAAGAGGAAAAGAUUCGAACUCUUGAAGAUCAAGAGCAAGAGCGCUUCGACGAAAGCGAAAGCACGGGAGGUGCACCAGGCCAAGGCGAAAAGCAGAAAGGCGAAUCCGGGACUAGACCUGGAUACCGACUUUAACAUCAGUGACAUCCUUGCCGGCGGGUCUCGCCUGCCAAAGCAUGGCCUGAAGCACGCCAGCGGCCCGAAGCAGGCUCAGACUCAAGACAAAGCUCUGAGAGCAAAGGGUGCGGCUGCCCCGACCGAAGAGACUGCGUCUCUCGUGCGUCAUCAUCAGGAUGCGCAUGGCACGCACACCGACGGUCCAACCUUCGCAGUGACCACCCGCGUCUACGCAGCAGAGCUUCCCUAUCUGAAGCACUUCCUGAAGUACUAUUUGCACGACUUGCAGGUCAAGCGGGUGUAUCUUUUCUGUACUGACGAUGCCGAAGAGACCACUAUUCGAAGUGCUGUGCGAGGCUUUGGCUUCUCGGAGCAACAGGUGACGUUCGUGCGUGGCAAGCGCAACCAAAGCCUGCAGCGGCUGAACUACCAUGCUGUGCAGGAAGACUUCCUCUUGGAUGUGGACUGUGACGAGUUCCUGGUGCCUCCCAAGGGUGGUCUUCGCGGCAUCAUCGAGUCAGACCCACAUGCAGAUGCAUUCAACCUCCAGUGGACCUGCUACCCCAGCGACGCACGUGAGCUUGAUUUCGAGCCCAAAGGUAUCCCUUGCACUGGCUAUAAGGGGAUGAUCCGAACGAAGAGCCUGCACGACGAGAACGGGCACUACCAGUUUGUGGAGGGCACACCGAUUUGUGGUGGAAGAGGUCAAUCCGGUCCUUGCGUCUUCUCCAAGCAAGUCAUCCCGCUAGCUCAUCUCCAGUACCGUGGCUUCUGGGAUAGCGUGCUGAAGGACGUCAGUUCACCUGCUGGAUCUCAAUGGAUGCUCAAAGGCCAGCCAAAGAGCAUCGCGAUGCAGAAGAUCAGGCAGGGUCAACCGCCAAAGCGAAUGCAGUCCUUGGCGUUUGAGAUGGUCUGCGUCGAGCGAUUUGGCACGCAGCUCCUGUCUGAGCAUGGGCUCAAGGCUCCGAGGCAGAUGAAGUUUUCCAUCGAUGGUACCUUCCAGUCGAAGGCGUUGGCCAAUGCCGGCGUGGAUCGGGUUCUGAAGAUGCAGGCAGAGAAGGGCUAUCGAAGAUACAAGGAGGCCUUGCAGAUGUCCUUCGACAAGCUGCUUUGCAACCCAAAGCAGACCUGCGCCAAUAUCAAGCCGAAUCCCUUGACAAAGCUCCUGGAGAAGAUGUCAGCAUCAAAGCUCCGGGCCUACAAUGGUGCUUGUAAGAAGCCCGAGUCUGUUGGCCAUGAAGUGAAGUUCACACAGCGGUCGAAUGCAGGCAAGAAGCAGAAGAAAGCUGCAAAGGAGCAGGCAGCGCGCGCAUUGCUGCAUGUUGGGGCGAAGGACGUGCAGGGGAAGGAGGCCAAAGUCCCGACCUUCGCAGUGACGACCCGCGUCUACCAAGCGGAGCUUCCCUUUCUCAAGCACUUCCUCAAGCACUACCUGCAUGAUGUGAAGGUCAAGCGGGUGUAUCUCUGGUGCACAGCCAAAUCCGAAGAGCCCAGCAUCCGAGCUGCUGUGAGAAACUUCGGCUUCUCUGACAAACAGGUGACCUUCGUGGAUGGCGGACCGCGUGUCCAGAACCUGCAGCGCCUGAAUUACCAUGUCGUGAAGGAAGAUUACCUGUUGGACGUGGACUGCGACGAGUUCCUGGUGCCUCCCAAGGGUGGUCUUCGCGGCAUCAUCGAGUCAGACCCACAUGCAGAUGCCUUCUACAUGCAGUGGACCUGCUACCCCAGCGACGAACACAAGCUGAACUUCAAGCCCACAGGUCUCCCGUGCACCGGCCUCAAGGGAAUGAUCAAGACGAAGAGCAUGCACGACCACGAUGGCCACUUCGAAAUUGUCGGGGGCGUGCCGCAGUGUGGUGGCAGAGGUCCUUGCAUCUUCUCCAAGCACAUCCUGUCUUUGGCGCAUGUCCAGUAUCGUGGCUUUUGGGACAGCGUGCUGAAGGACGUGAGUUCGCCAGCAGGAUCUCAGUGGAUGCUCAAAGGCCAGCCACGCAGCGUCGCAAUGAAGGAAAUCAGGAACGGUCGGCCAGGAAAGCGCAUGAUGUCCUUGGCCUUCGAGAUGGUCUGCGUAGAGAGAUAUGGCACAGAGCUCCUGUCUCACGAGAAGCUGAAGGUUCCGAGGCAGGUGGCGUUUGCCAUCGACGCCUCCUACCAGACGAAGGCUUUGGCCAAAGCAGGCUUGGAUCGGGUAAUGAAGAUGCAAGCAGACAAGGGCUACAAAAGAUACAAGGCAGCUCUGCACAAGUCCUUUGACCGGUUGCUCUGCAAUCCGAAGAUGGCCUGCAUCGAUAUCAAGCCGUACCCCGUGUCAAAGAUGCUGGAGAAGCUGUCGGCCUCGCAGCUCAGCGCCUACAACGGCCGUGCCCUGAGACGACAGACCGACUGA